AUGGCGCGUGUCGGUCGUUCGGGGUUUCUAGCCAUAGCUCUCGCCUUUCAUCUGAUGUACCUCUAUUCAAUUUUCGAUAUCUAUUUCGUCAGCCCAAUUGUGAGUGGCAUGCGACCAUUCGCCAUUGAACGUGAAAUUGGAACAGAAGCACCCGCAAAACGCCUUGUCCUGUUUGUCGGGGAUGGCCUUCGUGCCGAUAAGGCCUUCCAGGCUUUCCCAGAUCCCUCUCCACCCGCCGAGCUUGGCCCGGAAGACAUCGAUACGCCUAUUCGCUUAGCUCCGUUCGUACGAUCUCGAGUGCUAGAUCACGGCACCUUUGGUGUUUCGCACACCCGUGUUCCUACAGAAUCUCGCCCGGGCCAUGUCGCUCUGAUUGCCGGUUUAUACGAGGAUGUCUCGGCGGUGAUGACAGGUUGGAAACUGAACCCGGUGAAUUUUGACAGUGUCUUCAAUAGAAGUCGACAUACAUGGAGUUGGGGUAGUCCGGAUAUUCUGCCCAUGUUCAAGGAGGGAGCGGUCCCUGGGCGCGUCUCUGCUGAUACAUAUCACGAGGAAGCGGAAGAUUUCACUUCGGACGCAACUCAGUUGGAUAUUUGGGUAUUUGAUAAAGUCAAGGAGCUAUUCGCCGAGGCCAAAACUAACCCCGAACUGAAUGCACAAUUGAGUGAAGACAAAAUCGUCUUCUUCCUGCAUCUACUUGGUUUGGAUACAACCGGCCAUGGUUUCCGGCCAUAUUCCAAAGAGUACUUGAAUAAUAUCAAAGUUGUCGACAAGGGUGUGCAGGAAAUUACAGAAUUGAUCGAUGACUUUUACAACGAUGGAAAGACCGCCUACGUAUUUACGGCAGAUCACGGUAUGAGCGAUUGGGGUAGUCAUGGAGAUGGCCAUCCUGAUAAUACGCGCACUCCCCUCGUGGUCUGGGGCUCUGGAGUUGCUUCCCCAAAGUAUGUGGAAGACGGACAGUCAAGCGGACAUGAGGACGGCUUCUCAUCUGACUGGGGAUUUGAUCAGAUCAAAAGACACGACGUGGAGCAAGCUGAUGUUGCCGCUCUCAUGGCGUAUCUAGUUGGACUGGACUUUCCAGUAAACUCGGUUGGUCGACUUCCUCUUGAGUACAUCGACGCCUCGCCACGAGAGAAAGCAUUGGCGUUCUGGGCAAACACACAAGAAGUCCUGGAAAUGUAUCAUGUCAAGGAAAAGCAAAAGAGCCAAAACCAGCUGAACUUCAAACCUUAUGCGCCAUUGGGAGAGGAGGAAUUGGCUGCGCGCACUUCUGAAAUUGAAACAUUGAUUUCUGACGGCAAAUAUGCUGAAUCCAUUGAGGUUUCUGACCAGCUGUUUACCUCCGCACUUGAAGGUCUUCGAUAUCUUCAGACUUACGAUUGGCUUUUCCUGCGAACAAUUGUCACGGCAGGAUAUCUUGGUUGGAUUGCGUAUGCAAUUACAACCGUCAUCGAUCUUCACAUUCUGCAUGGGUCGUCCGAUGCGCACCGUACUUUCUUUGGUACUUCGGUCUUUGUAUCGAUUCUCGUCGGGCUGUACUCUGUUUUUAUAUAUCAACGUUCCUCGUGGAGAUAUUACGCGUACGGAGCAUUCCCUGUUUUCUUCUGGGAGGAGGUUUUUGCUCGGAGAAAGGCUUUGAUUGCCGGUCGACAGAUUCUACUCAAACACGUACACUCUUUCGGUGGUUAUGUUGGGUUUUUCCUCCAAAGUGUGUUGUUUCUAGGAGUGUUAGAAGCUUUGGUUCAAUCAUAUUUCCAUCGAGAAAUAUUCACUGUAUUGUUUAUCCUUGCAGCCUUCUGGCCGCUAUUCUAUGGCACCAGCUUUAUAGCACGCAACCUUGCUCUGACAGGGGCUUGGGCUGUUGGAUGUGUCCUCAUGAGCCUUUUUACUCUUUUGCCCGUUGUCAAGGUCGAAAAUACCACAACAAUUACCGUUGGGGGAAUGCUCAUGUUUCUGGCUGGUCUGUUCUACCUAGCCUUUGAAGAAACCAUCACCAAGGGAUCUGGACAUCCAAUCAGCGCCUUCGGAUCUCGCAUAAUCAUGGGAAUACAGUUGGGCAUGAUACUUCUCGCCGUGAUUGUUACACGUUCUAGCGCAUUAUCCCUACAAGCCAAAGCAGGUCUUCCCCUAGGCAAUCAGAUCGUGGGUUGGAUUGUUUUGGUAUCAUCAUUGCUUCUCCCAUUCGCGCACCGAAUUUAUCCAAAUAGCUACUAUCUUCACCGAUUGGUCAUGAUUUUCCUGACUUUUGCCCCAACAUUUGUGAUUCUUACUAUCUCAUACGAGGGGCUGUUCUAUUUCGUUUUCUGCAUGACUCUAGCCACUUGGGUUCGACUGGAGCAUGCUCUUUACGUAUAUCAGAAACAAUCAACAUCAACAACUCCGGCUGUUGAUAAACCCACUACGUCUACUACAGCUACCGAAACAACAACGACAACAACAACAGUCGACGGCGAAACACACUCAUAUCGCGCUCUUACCCUCUCUGACACCCGGGUGGCACUCUUCUUCUUCUACCUUGUCUUAUCCGCCUUCUUCAGCACGGGCAACAUCGCCUCCGUCUCCUCCUUCUCACUCGAUAGUGUCAACCGCCUCAUUCCCGUCUUUAACCCAUUCAGUCAAGGCGCUCUCCUCAUUCUGAAACUCAUGAUCCCCUUCGCCGUCAUCAGCGCCAAUCUAGGCAUACUCAAUAAACGUCUCGAAGUCGCACCGAGCGCUCUGUUCAUGACCGUCAUGACGAUAUCAGAUAUAUCGACGCUAAAUUUCUUCUACAUGGUUCGCGACGAUGGAUCGUGGCUCGAGAUCGGCACAACAAUUAGCCAUUUCGUCAUUGCGAAUCUCCUUUGUUUCUUUGUUGCUGGUCUGGAGUUCGUGAGUGAGAUGUUUGUUAGUGGUGUUGAUUUAGGAGAUUCUCCUUCUGCUUCCUCGAAGCUGGGGGCUGUUGUGGAGAAAAUUGCCGAGAAUGAGGUUGUCGGUAAUGGCGCGACUAAGAAAAGUGGUUAA